AUGUGGCCAAUGGGCCUCUUGUUAUUGUGUGCCAUUGACGUAUUAUCUAAAUAUGCUUGGGUGGUGCCUUUAAAACAGAAAACAGGAAAAGAAAUGAUUCGAGGAUUACAAGAGAUUUUUCAACAAGACGGUCGACGGCCCGUCCGCAUUCAAUCGGAUCAAGGCAAAGAAUUUACCAAUCAAGAAUUUUUACAAGGUUUUAAAUCCAUUCAUUUCUUUACCACUCGCAAUACGGACACCAAAGCUAGUAUCGUAGAACGAUUUCAGAGAACCCUCAAAGCACGCAUGUGGGGCUAUCUCACUCGUCAUAAAACCAGGCGGUAUGUAGAGGUCGUACCGGAUUUAGUGUAUGCUUACAAUCAUACUUAUCAUCGCAGUAUCCAAAGAACACCAGUUCAAGUGAAGCCCUCCAAUGUGUUAAAAGUCUGGAAAACUUUAUAUGGGGAAUCUCAGAAAUCACUUAAAAAAAACCCAAAUUUAAAACAGGAGAUCGGGUGCGCAUCAGUAAAUCCAAACGCACUUUUGAAAAAGGAUAUUUACCCAACUGGACUACAGAACUCUUUACCAUUUCUAAAAGAGACCCCCGGUCGUUACCCUUACGUGUAUCGAGUACAAGAUUACCACGGGGAGGAACUAGAAGGCACUUUUUACGAGAAGGAAUUACAACAGAUCAUUAAAAAAGACGACGUGUAUGAAGUGGAGGAAAUCUUGGGGUAUAAAAAGCGACGUGUAGGGAAGAAAAUCAUUCAAGAAGUUAAAGUCAGGUGGAAAGGAUAUCCCCCUAGUUUCGAUUCAUGGAUUCCCUAA